GCGGGGCGCGGGGCGAUGGAAGCGGAUGAGCUGCGCGUGGGGUUCGUGGGCGCCGGAAGGAUGGCGGGGGGCCUCGGCCGGGGGCUGCUGCGGGCAGGGAAGGUCCCUGCCAGCAACAUCGUUGUCAGCGCUCCCUCGGACCGCAAUCUGGCAGAGUGGCGGGAGUGGGGCUGUCGCACCACACACUGCAACCUGGAGGUACUUCAGGAGAGCACGGUGGUGUUCUUGGCCACCAAGCCCCACGUGCUGCCCACAGUUCUGCAGGAGCUGCGUCCUGCUGUCACCUCCCAGCACCUCCUCAUCUCGCUGGCAGCUGGUGUCAGCCUGCAGAAGCUGCAGCGGCUGCUCCCCACGGGGACGAAGGUGCUGCGCCUGAUGCCCAACCUGCCCUGCGUGCUGCAGGUGGGAGCUGCUGUGUUCUCCCGUGGCAGUGGGGUUGGGGAUGGGGAUGCAGCACUGCUGCAGUCCCUGCUGUCCCCAUGUGGGCUGUGUGAGGAGGUUCCCGAGUCCUACAUCAACAUCCACACUGGACUCAGUGGCAGUGGCGUUGCCUAUGUGUACCUGUUCGCUGAAGCCAUGGCCGAGGGGGCUGUGAAGAUGGGGAUGCCGGGGGCUCUGGCCAGUAGGAUUGCAGCCCAGACGCUGCUGGGAGCAGCGAAGAUGCUGUUGGAGACAGGUGAGCACCCAGCAAAGCUGCGUGGGGACGUCUGCACACCUGGUGGGACCACCAUCCAUGGGUUGUACCAACUGGAGAAGGGAGCAUUGAGGGCCACCGUCAUGAAUGCAGUGCAAGCAGCCACUGAGCGGGCGAGCGAAAUGGGAGAGGAUUAAGAGACAUCCCAUCUCAUCCUGUGGUAGUGGGGACCACAGCUCUUGGUGCCACCAAACCGAAGCUUGGCACCACCAAAGUGAAGGCUGUUGGUCCCAGACUAAAACAUGGUGCUACCAAACUGAAGCAUGGUGACCCCCAAACUGAAGCAACCAAACCGAAGCCUAGUGACCCUAGACUGAAGCAUUGAUGACAGCAAACCAAAGCACAGUGAUCCCAAAGUGGAGGUUGGUGACCCCAGACUCAAGCAUGGUGACACCAAACUGAAGAAUGGUGCCACCAAACCAAAUCAUGUUGGCCAGCAAACCGAAGCUUGGUGACACCAGACUGAAGUAUGGUGAUCCCAAACUGAAGCCACCAGACCAAAACUUGGCGACCCCAGACUAAAUCCCUAAAGGGUCCUUGAGCCUUUUGGGAGAUCCUGGCUGGAGGUGGGAAAUGCUGAAGGUGUGACCACCAUGGAGUGGGACCUAAUAAAGGUGGGCAGUGUGGUGGCA